AUGGCCGAGGGCAGCUCUCUGCUGGUCGCCACCGCCCAGGGCACCGACUACGCCUCGGUCGACAACCUGUUCGAGCAAUCGUGCAAGAAGCUGGCCGAGGCCCACGCCCUCUACCCCACCGAUUCCCAGAUUUUGAGCGAGUGGGGAGAUGGAUUGUCGGAGCACGCCACCAGCAAGAUAGCGGCGACGGCCAAAUCCAGGAAGGUGCUCAGCCCCGCACAGCUCGAACAAGCCCAGAGCCUCUUUCGGGAGUCCUACGGCAAGUACGAGGACUCGCUGAGCCUGUCGCAAAUGGACCUCGACCGGGACAUCGUGCUGAGCAACUACGGGCUGGCACUCAGCGACCACGCCAUGGUCGCCGAACCGGCCGAGUCAAAGGACUUGUUCGCGCGAUCGUACGAAAAGUACCGGCUUGCGGCGUCCCUCAAGCCCGACAAUGUCCUCACCCAAUGCAACCUUGCCAUGACGUACGUGCUGCAUUCGUGUACCCUUGCGGACGCGGCCGAGAGGGAACAGCUGUGGGCCAGCGCCGAAGAAAUUCUCAACACGCAAGUCCUGAAGAAUGACUACUGGACCUACUUCUGCAUGGCCCGGCUCGCCUCUGUUCGCGGACACGAGGCGGCGUGCCAGGCGUGGCUGGAAAAGUGCGCGAAGAAGAACUACCUCGCCAAGCGGACCAAGUGGUUCUGCGUCCACUUUGCCAACGUCAAGCGAGCGCCCUGGUUCCGGGCCAUGAAGCAGGCCCAGACCGGCGAGAGGACGCGGGAGCGGGAGGUACUGGCCAACCUCUUCGCCCAGCAAGAAGAAGAAGCCCAGGCCUAG